GGCUGUUCUUCGGUAAUUCCGUUUCCCGAUUGGCGUCGUCUGAACGGAUAUAUAAAAGGAUUUGGAGCACGGUCUAAUAUACUCGUUCAAACUAAAAAAACGAGUAUUUGACAGGCGAAUUGUUCAUAUUCGGGGAAUAUGCGUGUGUUAUUUGGUCGGGAUUUUGGCUUAUAUAUUUGGCUUCCCUGAGUGUCUGGUAUCUGAGGUUAUAAUUAUUCUCUCUGUCAUCUCAAAGACGGUUUGAUUGACUGCUCAUAUACAAACAAGAAGGGAGAAUUGAAUAAAGAAGAGGCCGUGGGUUUCGAUCUUGGGAUCAAUCUAAAGAUGAGGGCGCCUUCUAUAUUUGCAUGUUUGCCUGGGUUAGCACCGCAUUUUUUAUCUCAAUCUGCGGAAAAGGAUCGUUAUCUUGGUGGGCUGAGCCAAAAAUCCUUGCCGCCCCCACCUCCGUCUGUCGAAGUUCUUCCCUCUAAGGAUGCUCAACAUGACAAAUAUACUACCGAGCCUGUGAAUUUGCAAGGAAGCCUCAUUUUAUAUAAGGGGCGAGUAAACACUGCUGAUGUUCUUGGAGUGUGUAAUUCAGAUCUAGUUCCUGGAAAGUAUGAAGGGGGUCUCAAGCUCUGGGAGAGUUCUCUUGACCUAGUAAAUACCCUUAAACGGGAGAUCCGUGAUGGUCAGCUGUCAUUCAGGGGAAAGCGUGUUUUAGAGCUUGGAUGUGGUCAUGGUCUACCUGGUAUUUUUGCAUGCCUAAAGGGUGCAUCAACAGUCCAUUUCCAAGAUUUCAAUGCUGAGGUGUUACGAUAUCUCACCAUACCAAAUGUACAUGUAAACCUUCAAAAUGCUCAUGAGAGACUUGGUCGUCUCUGUGAUGGCCCAGUAACACCCACCCGAACAACUACCUUAUCACCUGAUGUCCACUUCUAUGCCGGGGAUUGGGGAGAGUUGCAUACCGUUCUAUCUGUGGUUGGGCAGAAUCAGUUCAUUGCAUCAGGUGACAUCAGUUUAAACUUUUCUGAGGAUGAUUUAUAUCUGGACCGCUCUAGCAGCCACAAUAGCAGUGGUGCUAAUCAGGAAACACCAAUGGACUCUAGUCAUUGUCAACAAGUGAGGCAGAGAAAGCUUUCUGGAAGUCGUGCUUGUGAGCGGGCUAGUGAAUCUGAUCCUUCAGAGGGUGGUUAUGAUAUUAUUUUGAUGUCAGAAACUGUCUAUUCUUUGGUUUCCAUGCGGAAUUUGUACAGUCUCAUGAAAAAGUGUCUUCGACCACCAUAUGGUGUUGUCUACUUGGCUGCUAAAAAGCUUUAUUUUGGAGGAGGAGGGACUCGACAGUUCCGAUCUUUGGUAGAAGAGGAUGGCAUCUUGUCAGCACAUUUGGUAGUAGAAGUUGCAGAUGGUUCUUCAAAUGUCAGGGAGAUCUGGAAAUUCUUUUAUAAGUGAGAGUGACCAAUAAGAGUUGGAUGUAAUGGAAUACCUUCUUGUUUUGGAAAACCUCUAGUACUGGAAUCACAGGAUGGGAUGACAAAGACUAAACUGAACUUGUGAUUGUCAUUCUGGAUGGGUUACUGGUAUUUUGUGAGAACUAACGCCAAAGGCUGUUAUGAUUCGUUUUGAUGAGAAUCUUGUAAAUGGACGACGUCCAUGUAAACUCUGUUCUAUUAUAGUUAUUUUAGCAUACCACAACAUUCUUUGCAGCGGAUAUAGAUCGUAGAAGUGAAAACAAGCUUCUAUUGGUGUGGUUAAAGCAAGAUAAACUGGCCAUUAUUGUAGAUUCCCAUUGUUGUAGUUGGUCAUUCUUAUAUGUUUAUCAUUACAUGAUGAUGAUAAAAUGUACAUAUUAUUCAAUAACGAAGAAAAUUUUGGUUAAUUA